AUUAUCAUUGUGGCCCAAAGUGUUCAUCUCUGCAACGUUUCAGUCAGAGAGCAGAGAAGCAUGGAAAUUUUACUCCCGCGCUCAAACCUGCCCUGGGAAAUUCCAAACUCACCUCUGCUACUUUGUCAGGCAAUCCCAAAAGGAUUGGAUCCUCCGCUUUCCAGAUGUAAUUAUUGGUUGUAAAUUCACUUUCUUGAGGAAAAAAAAUUCUGUGACGUUUCCUAACAAUGUGCCAGCUGGACAUGAGUGGUGAUCAAGCAACUCCUGCUUACGUACCUAAAUUGUCUUUCUCGGGGGAAUACGUGUUUAGCGUUAUGUUUUGGAAGCUGACACCUAUCAUCAAUCUAGGCAGGUGUUGCAACGCAGGCUUGUUUAGUUUGCAUGAAGCUCUUCAGCCUUCUAUAUAAAUGAGUAUUGUGACAAUGUUUCUUCACAUACUUCUGAGUACAACUCUCUCCUAAGCUCCUCCAUUCCUAUUACCACAUUGAGUUUUCUUUUCUUCUUCCUAGAUCCUCAAAGCGCCUGAAGUCUUAAGUAGAGAACCUUUCAUUUUUAUUGAAGCGAUGAGUGUUAGUCUUAUUUACUGACAUGGAUUCUCUGAGGUUAUCUCUUUAUGGAAAUACAGAUUCCAUGACUAGCUCUGUAAGUAAAAUGCUCAAAUUCUGUAUGAUUUGACUUCUGUUGAUCAUCCUCUUUUCUAAUUAAAUGGCAUCCUUAGAUGCAUUGAUGCUUUCUUUGUUUUCUUAUUAAGCACCAAGUUUUUUCCUGUUUGCUCAAGUAUUUAGGUUGCCUGAAAUCAUUUGUGAUGAAUGAUCAUGAAUUUAGACCUUUGAUCUGCAUGUUUCAUCUGUUUCAAUAUUUUCAUCUGCCUUUAUGUUGGCCAACCUUUGUAUGAUCUGGCAAUGUUAUACAUACAUUCUGUGCUUUAUCCUAUCUGCAAACACUCAUUUCUUCUGAAACUUGGUUGAUUUUACCAUUCUGCAUGCUUGAUUAUAAUGGAAUUUGAAUGCGUGAUGGAGGAACUUUGAAUGGGAACAGCUUGGAAAAUAACUGAAGGUUGUAAGAGAUCAAAAUUAAGCUUUUGUUUUAAAUGGCAGAUAUGAAUGUUAAUGCAUGUAGUAUAAUUCCAGUUAGCACUGCACCUGUUAAGCUAGUAGAAAUCACCUGCAAACUGCAAUCAUUGUUGUGGAAGUUCUUUCUGCCAUCCAGUUUUUGUGAAUUUCAAUGCAAAGCUAGCAACCUCAUGUUUAGAACAUGAUUUUGGUAGCGGAUUUGAAAUUUCUAAUAUUCUUAUAAGUUGAAACAAAACCUAGCUUUUUAUUAAUGUAUUCACUUGAUAAAUUUCCCAUAGCGUA